UGCGUACAUCUUGUUUACAACUGCGGAGCUUACCAUACACAUGACCUUUACAAGAUGGACAUGAGCGCCUAUUUAGCUGUCUACGCGUGUGACGGAAAAAAGUUCCAAAUACGUGCGUGUCGUUUGUGAACGUGGUCGUGUACAGGAGGAACCAUCGAAUUCAGUGAAUUUUAGUUCGAUUAUUGUGAGGAAUAGUCGAGCCACAGGUUCGUGAUCACAAGUGACGCGGUAUUUGUCGCUCGCACGCGGGCGGAACGGGGAAGAGAGGGAUGGUGGGUACGAAAGGAGACCGAAAUUUUGUACCUCGAGCAGAUGCGAUUAUCAUGAAGAAAUUUCGCGCGUGUCCGAUCCAGAGAAACCGUGCACGUUGCUGCAAGGUUAUUAACAGCACCGUCAGUUUCGCUCGUCUGUGUUUCCUUCCGUAAAGUGCUCGGGACACAGGGGUGUGGAAAGAGAAGUGCGUGUUCUCGCAUCGACCUGGAAUGCAGCCGUGUUUUGAUGUGCCUAGGCAUUGCGCAUGAAAAAAUUCUCCUGCCCUUGACAAUAGCCUAUUUACCCGAAUCAUACCGCCUUUAUACCGCGCCGACCAACGAUAACAAGGGUUCAACCACCCACCUGCGUGUGCGUCGCCUGCGUGUCCCUCUCUUUCUCUACCUCUCUACGUAUUUCCUCUAAACGUACUCGCAAACGAGCAAACAAACGAGUGGCCAGGAACGUGCGCGCGCGCUCACGCUUCCGCGUGUGUUGUGUACACGUGAACACGCCCGCGUGUGCCUGUCUCUCUCUUUCUCUCUCUUGUAUCGUCUCGUGUGUACAACCGUUUCUAUAUAUGUGCCGACUGCGUGUAUGUAUACGCGUCACCAUUGUGGACCACGCAGUAAAUUGUGUUAUUCGACGCGAUAAACAGGUGCACGAGCCUUGUUGCCCAGAAAAACAAUUCUCGGAGGUUUCGCUGUUCACCUGAUAAAGAUACUCGGACGAGUAAAAUGCGAGAGGCGUAAAUGCUUACGAAUAUUUUUCAACCGUGUAAGACGGCUAAAGUCCUAAAGGAUUAGGAUAUACCAGGGUCACGAAUUCUGGCGGGCGAAAUUCGAGGAAAACGUGGGUGACAGGUGGAACUCGGACCUUCAGUGAACCGCCAUCGCGGAAUACGGAGCAAGUACAUGAUUCGUGUUUUACCAACAAUCCGAUGUAAAUUGGUUUACGACAGUCAACGGAUACGCGUAACAGUUUUGGAAAUCUUUAAAUGUCGGCAAACGUGUGACUAGUUAAUAAUACGUAUGUACUUAUAUUCUCGCCCUUAGCACGCCUGUGUACGACGCCCUUAGUACGCGUUGGGUACACAUGCACCGUGGUGGCGUGUUAUUGCUUAUUUACCCCCGACACGUGCUUCCACCGUUAGCGUGCUUCGAGUACAACGAUAUCGACGGCGACCUUUUCACGAUAAAAGCAGGACGACAGACACGUUCUGCGUAAUCAAACAAUACGAGAAAAUCGCGCGAGUUUCAAAAAUCCUCCACCGAAUUUCUGGCAUGUGUAUGAAAGUUAUGAAACGUUGGUGGACCAACUCGGAUAUCUUUGUUGUGUUUCUUGAAUAAUAACCAUCCCAAACAGAAGUGUUUCGUCGGCGACCUUUUCACGAUAAAAGCAGGACAACCGACACAUCGUACGUAAUCGAGAACAAUACAGUGAAUUACCGCGAUUUUCGAAAAUCUUCUACUGAAUUUCCGGCAUGUGUGUGAACGCAGUGAAACGUUACUGGAUUUAUUCGGAUAUUUCCGUUGUGCUACUCGAGUAAUAACCGUCCGAUCUCUUUCAAAAACGUGGACGGGUGCUGCAAACAUUCUGCUACAAUGAAACAUCGGGAUAAUAUGUUCUGGUGCGAGACGCGUACGAUGAAUUGAUCACCAAUGACCCGCCGUACCAUGUAAAUGGUACAAAAUAGUGUCACUUGAGGACUCGCAAGAUUCUUCACAACGACGGGCUUUUUGAUCGUCAUCGCGGCGAUGUCUUCGGGCAGGGGUAUAGUCUCCCCUUCAGGAGGUCCCGUUGUUCGCUGCGGACAUGUAAAGAAACUAAAAACCCAAAAGAAGAAAUUCUUCAUUCUAAGAGGCGAGGCGCCAGGAUUCCCCGCCUGCCUCGAAUAUCAUGAUAGCAAAAAGAAGUUCGAGAGCGGGCAACCGCCGAAGCGUAGCAUCUUGCUAAACGGCUGUUUUAAUAUCAAUAAACGCGUGGGCACCAAACAUAAGCACGUUAUCGCGUUGUACACGAAAGACGAAUGCUUUUGCUUGAUGCUCGAGAACGAAAAAGAGCUGAACGAAUGGCUAAAGGACAUGCUUUUACUUCAGAGCGGAGAUGUGCCCGAUGGAGAGCAACCACGGCCUAUAUUUGAACAUGUAUGGCAAGUUAUAAUGCAGAAAAAAGGACUUGGUGAACGAAAGAAUAUUUAUGGUCCCUAUAGGCUAUGUUUAACUGAUCGAAUGUUAAGUCUGGUGAAAAGUGGGGGAGCAGAUAGUUCAGAUACUCUUGAUUUUCCUCUGGUUUAUAUCAGACGAUGCGGGCAUAUGGAUCGCAUCUUCUAUAUGGAAGUAGGUCGUUCAGCAGUUACCGGUGGUGGAGAAUUGUGGAUGGAAGCUGAAGACAGCAAUAUUACACAUAAUAUGCAUGCUGCUAUCCUGAAUGCUAUGACUAAUUCUAGAAACGACAAAGAUGAUGUGGGACCACAGCAAAGGAUGCGUAGCUCUUCAGCAACCGAGGCCAGCAAACCAAUCUUUGUCCAACGGCGUCAUGCUGGACAAAAGUUUCAUAAUUUUUCACCCUUGGAGGAACACAGGACGCACAAGGAGCAGGUGGAAGCAGUUCAGGAACAGGAGCAGUCUAAUCAGACUCAGAGUACCUCUUCUUGCAAUACAGUCACGGCCGUUGCUGGUACCGGGGCUGGAACUGCUGGGAUUGCCUCGACUAAUACCAACUGUGCCACUACCACUAGACGUCGUCAUUCGGUAGCGAGUCAUCCCAAUUUCCUGAAUAAUCCCCAAUCCAUUCAUGUUACGACUACAACUACAACUACAACAACAACCACCUCUAUCACCGUCACUACGACCGCUACCGUGACCACCACAACCACAACCGCGACAAUAUCCCAUCAGAGAACCCUGUCGCUGCCCUUAGCCGCAGUUAUUAUCAAUCAAAUGCAAUCAUCUAAAAGAUCAGUUUUACGCUGUCCGAACGGUCGUGACAGAUGCGACAGUUUGCCGUCGAGGGCCCGCACCACUAGCGAAAGUCAUCCUACAACGGUACUGAGUCAUCCUAGGAGUACUCAUUUUGUACCUCACAUACUGAGACCCCAUUCGAUGUGCGGGGGAAAACCUCUUUCCUAUUCACCACCGAUCACCUCGAUGCCUAUCAGUCCAGCUUCUGUGGCCUGUUCUACAGAUUCUGCGGGAUCGUCCUUUUCGAUGGACGAUGGUGGCGAAAACGCUUUAGAAGAGAGCGCGGUAUCGAGAUAUGGACACUCGUUAACACCUGACGAGCCGGUCAUAUUAGAGGAGAACGGCGACGAUUACGCCGCCUGGUCCAUAUCGCACUCACAUAAUAAAUAUUCACCGAACUUUAAAUCUCAUUCUCCUUCCCAGCAGAGUUCCUAUAUAGAUAUGUACAGUCCUUGUGGAUCGAGUCCUGGCCGCAGCGGAGCCUACAUGCAAAUGAAUUCAGGAACAGGACACUCGCAUUCACGAGGCACAUCCUUAAUUGAGGAGAGUAGCACUUUACCAGAGGGUUAUGUACCUAUGGCGCCCGUUGGAAACAACGGAUACGUCGAUAUGGAUCCUUCACAUAGUCAUAAUGGCCAUUUUCCUGAUGAUAUGUCGCAACACGGUGGCAGUAGUUGUUCUGUCACUUCUGGUACACCUAGUACGGACUUACGAUUCUCCGAAUAUCAUUUGGAUAAAGUGUCGAGUUUUCUACCUCCUGGGGAUGACUUAACUAGACCAGUUAGAGCCUAUUCCAUCGGUUCUCGACCGGAACCUUCAAAUAGGCAUCGUAAAAAUAGGUUGGAUAUUACUCAACAAGAAGCGAGUCGGGUACGAGCAUUCUCUGUAGGCAGUAGAUCUAAGAAACCGGAGAUUGGGAGGUUUGCGAAUAUAAUAAAUGCAGCAAUGUUAACUGGCUCUGAUAACCCAAAUUCCAGCAAGUCGAAUUCAGCACCAUUGUUGUCCAGUUCUUGGGGACAUAACUCUGGUUGUUCUGUAAAUUCGGAGCGUAUGGAGGAUUUGAUGGAAUUGGACUUCACGAAGCCUAGUAUUUCUACGACUUUCAAUUCAUCACCUUCGUCAUAUUCGCAGUCACAAUCACGGUCAUAUUCUUAUUCUACUGCCAAUGACACCAGUUCCUAUGUUGAUAUGUCUCCUGGACAACCGCCCUCAUCGAACAUUGCUCCUUACGUCGAUAUGAGCCGCAUAAAUAAGAUCAAUCGUAAUAACAAUAAUAAUACAAUCACUGCCAAUCAAAAUCAUAGUCACAUACAUAUAUCAUCUUCUGCUUCUACACAUAAACCUAUAAUUACUACUUUGAAGCCGGUGGAGGAAGCAGAAGCGCCAUAUGUAAGAAUGGAUGGAGUAGUCGAAGAUUGGUCCCAAUCCAACACAAGUCCUAAACAAAUUUCGUCGCCUAUGCAAGAAGAAUGCGUGCAAUCAAAUGGACCACCAGGUGUGACGAGAACUGCACCGGUUGAUCUUCCACGGCGGCCGCCUGUCGACUAUGUUGAUAUGAAUUUCAAAUCAAGAACAAUUCUAGAACAAGAUUAUAUGAACAUGGACUUGAGUAAUCGAAACAAUCGCAAAACAACGCGGACAGGUAGUCGUAAGGAAAAAUUACGUUCGCAACCGAUUGCGAUUCAAGCGGGCAACAAACCUUUAAAAACACCUAAUUUCUUACCCUUGAAUGGAAGUCCGGAAUCGGAAAGUUUAGCAAGUACUCCUGCAUCGCCUCCGCGGGCGACACCAACAGGUUCCUCGGCAACAAUCUUCCCAUUCUCUCUGAAUAGUCCACAGUCACCCGAAAAGUCUUUUGGCCAUCAAAAGAAUAACGAGGAAUCUUCGGCAUUGAGUAUGACUAUCAAAAACGAUCGAGCGAUUGUGGAAUCAGCGAAUAGGGUGAAUUCUGUUUUGGUGACCGAAGGAAGUAGCUUGUCGAAGGUAAUCAACGAUAGACCGUCUAGUCCUGCAGGAAAGGAUAACCGAGUGAUAUCGAAUUUGUUAUCGUCGCAAGAGAAUAUGUUGUACUCUCUAACGAAAAACUUCGCCGAUUUGACCGUAUCGAAGCCCCGUUUAAUAACCGCAUCUCCUAACACCAGUCCCACGUUAUCCGGGUUUAAAACAACGGAAAAUGCAGAAAAGCAGCCGACGUCGCCGAAAAUUCUGGAAGAGACGCCAACACCUACACCUACGGCUACGUCAAGUCCAUUAGAGAAUGAAAAUUUCGAUAAACUACAGUCGGAUGCAACAAAUUUGCACUACGCUAGCCUUGAUCUUCCGGAGACUGGAAGCGUGGCGCCAGUAUCGCCAGCGACUCAAGACAGCUUCAAUUAUGCUGAAAUCGACUUCCAGAAACUUAAGCCAAAUUAAAACGCCAUCUUGGAUGCGAGUAGCUGUAUCGGUGUAACGUGUUGUAGCGUGACAGAGUGCGGAUGAAUGGUAAAAGCAGACAAGUAAAUAAAAUAUUAGGUAAUUUGGAGAAAAAUCGGCAUUUCUUUUCAAAUUUUUGGAAGAUGAGAUACAAAAAUAUAAUCACAACCAUUGGUUGUCUAUAUCUGAACCACAGAGCCAGAGUGUAUUUAUUUGUUUUAAAGUGAAAUUUUAGGUCUUUCUCGUAACAAAUCUUUUAGUCUUCCUACUGACGUAAAUGAUUUUUUUGAAAGUCAUUUUUAAUAUAACGAUGAGAAUAUUUCUGCUUCGGAGAAGUAGAAGAUCUUCCAUUGAAGCGCAGAGAAAGCUUUAUCACAAACUAUUUUUUCAAAAAUUACUAAAUUAUCACCGCUCUCAUACCGUGUAGUACUAAAAGUUUUUUAAAUUUUAAGUCCUCUAUUGAUUUUUUACUUUGAAGAACAACAUUCUUCAAUAUAUUAUUUCACUUUUGUAAAAUAAAAUGAUAUAUUUUUUAUCAGGUUUGCUUUGUUGUUCUCUUUUAGAUUUUGAAAAGUAUUACCACUUACUGGGGUUCACAGUCGGUUCAGAUAUAUCAUUCUAUGGUUUAUAGCGAAUGAGGAAAAAUAUAUAGAACAAUAAUAAUUGUGAUUAUGUUGUAUUUCACCUCCUCGAUAUAUGAAAAGAAAUUCGCAUCGAUUCUGAGAUGGUAACUAAUUUUUGGCAAGUAGAGAGAAUGAGAAAAAGAGAAAAAUAGGAAAGUACUUGUGUAUAGAGGAAACAAUUCAUAGGAUUUCCACGCUGAUUCCUCCUACUGUGAGUUUGCGCAAUGCAACGGUCAUUUGCGCUUGGUCCGUUUACACGUGUUCUUGGGGUGCUGAAUUGGCUCAUUGUUUUAUCUGUUGUUAUUAAAUAACUUACAGACAUGGCAAUCGAUCGUUCUAACAUUGCCUGAGUUUGAAGGACGAAUCGCCAGGAUGUUGAAAUACGAACUGUACAUAGAAAAUUCUUUUUAAUCCAAAUUGAAUCAUGAUCGUUUUAUCUAUCGUAUGGUCCUGACUUUUCGUCAGCCAGAUUGGUACUUAUUCUUCUGAUUACGCGGAAUCCGGCGUUGUUUCUUUUUUACCUGCAUGUAGUAUAUGUUAUAAGAAUUUUUGAAUUCUUGAUAUUGGAACGUUGAUUUGUUUCUUUAUUUUCUUUAUUAUUAUUAUUAUUAUUUCUUUCUUUUAACGAACUAUUUGUGAUGAGAAUUACUGAUAUUAUCUACGAAUUUUAAAUUUUAUCUUGUUCCUCCUGUUUUUCUUGCACCAAUCUUAUCGUCUGUAGUAGGACUUUAAUGCAAGCGGAAAAUGUUUUUGUUUAGUCGAAUCUGAAUAGCAUUUAUCGGCUCUGUUGCUAAUGUAUACCUUUUAGGAUCCAGAGUGAUUAUUACAAUUGUUAUUGCUAAUCAUGUUACAUUUUAGUAAAUUCGAUUGAGUUCAUGCGAGCACGACGCGUUAUCAGAAACAUGAGUACUAAUUAGGAUCGUUCGAGUGCGGUGCAGCUGACCAAUGUUGGAUCGAUGAAAGUCAGCGAGAGUUUCUAUUUGAAACUAGUAGAUGCUCCUCAAUGCGAAUUAUAAAUAUGUGUUAUCAUGCUUUUCCGUAUAAAAUUAUUAAAUGACUGCAAUUAACGAUGCGGUCACGCGCGCGCUUAAAUGUCACACAUAGAGGACACAUACACAAGCAUUUACAGGGUAUUCUGUAAAAGAUGGUACAACUGCAAAGAAAGGGAGAGAGAGAGAGAGAAUGAGAGAAAUGAUUGGUUAUGUAAAAAGAAACAAAAGAAAACUGUAAAACCAAUCUUACAAUGUUGUUGCCGAGAGUAGAAGAGAAAAAUAUUUCUUAAUAUUGUUGCGGAGGCUUCUGCUUCUCCUCGCCGGUGAACACAUUUUAUAAUAAAGAACCGGGGAUGUAACUAUUUAUUUACAAUAACAAUUAACAGUUAUAAUUAUUAAGUCUGUAAUAUAUUAAUCGUUAUACGUCUUCUCUUUCUGACGUCUCGGAUCGACCUGCCGAUCUUCUCGUCAACUACCCUGUUGACUGGAAACCACAAUCCUCGAUUCGGAAGUCAACUUCUCUUGAUCGAAUGGUUCCAAUUGAACGAUCUUUGCGAUGCCCUCGGGAUAUCGCAGGGGAGGCAACUUCACUGCUGUCAUAAUUUCAUAUCGUCGUAACAAUAUUAUCACGUUUUAUGAGUUUGAUUUUAUGACAUACUUCUCCUCGCAUACAGUUUAAGGAUAGUUCGGUUAUAAAUUAUAUCAUAUCGUGUAUAUACAUAUGCAUUGUCUAAAUGAUGCUGUAUAUAUACGUGUACGCGUAUGCAUGCCCGGUUUGCAUGCAUAUGCAUAUGUAUAUAUAUAUAGCAUUGCUAAGUAUAUUUAAUGAUGAAUAAAGCAGUAUAUAUUGCUGUUGUUCAUUAUACAUAUGAUCCUUCUGAUGUGAUUCCUUCUUUUUUGAAGGUUUUCUUUUUUCGCGAGACGCGUUUAUUGUACCGGCGCGGCGUAUGAUGAUGUUGUUGUUUAUGUGUACAUUGUCAGAUUUAAGAUUAUUAUUUCGACUGAUGCUAGAACUAACGUAAGUCUUUUAUUUAAUUCAAGGCACAAGUUGUCUACAUUUUUUCCGUUGCAUAUUAACAGAAUGUCCGUCCACUCAAAAUAGAAUUCGCGUUCUACGAUUCCUUUUUAGUUUCUCGGUGAAAAGAGUUUUGUUUGAUUUUUUCAGAAAAAAGAAAGCUAUUAACAAUGUAAAUAUAGACUCUCCGAACUUGAAUGUUGGAAGAAUUUUAUUUGCCGAAUGUAGUUUGUAUGACGUUAUUGUUUUUACAAAAUCUUCGGAAUAAUGAAUUUAAAUAUAAUAAUGUUACGUUAAUGCCAAAUAAGAUACUAAAUAUCGUUAAUACAUGAGAAAUCAGUAUUCAUUUUUCAUUAGAAGGCAAGUGCAUCCUUUUUCAAAGUAACGGAUCUAUGAGCUCAAGUUAAGUAGGUAACUGCUAGCGCAUCGUUUCUAGUAUUGUAUCUAUAAUUUCUAAAUUAAUAAUUAUAUUAAUAAUAAAAAACAAUAAUUUAUAA